AUGUCAACUACAGAGGCCCGAGCUACUGAUUCGCCCGCUACGAGUAUAACAGAUGCAAUGCAAGCGCGGGUCGAAAAACUACGGCAACUGCGUCAGCGAAUGGGUCCUAAAAGACACGAUCCGGUAGAACAUUCGAAAGAAACGGUGGAAGAGACGGUGAAAGAUAUCAUGGAGAAAGUGAAACAGAACGACGAAGUGAUCCGGUCGAGUGAAUUGGACCUGACAAAAAUCCAACCUAAAAAACCGAAUUGGGACUUGAAAAGAGAUUUGACGAAAAAGCUUUCAAAGUUGGAACCGAUGACACAGGCGGCAUAUGCGACUCUCAUAAGAAGAAGGAUGCAGGCGGAAGGCACGACUCUGACGGACGAAGGAACGGCUGCUUUAGUCAAGGAAAUGAACACUGAUAGGAAUCCAGUCGCAGAGCAAAGCGACGACUCGGGUGAGGGAGAAAAUUGA